AUGCGUGCCUUUCGUUUAAGGGGUGCCUCUUUCUUUGGUCAAGGGGCCCUUGUCUCGUACAGAACCCCUCGUGCAUGGUGUUCGAAUCAGGAAGUUAAGGAAAAAGAAGAUACCGACACUAAGAAGGCAACAGAGGGAUCUCAAUUAAAAGAGGAGACAUUUGCAAAACUGGAAAGGGAGCUUGAAUCUGCGAGGGAGAAUAUAUCCGAACUAAAAAAGGAAGUACUAUAUCGUGCUGCAGAUGCUGAAAAUGCCCGUCGUAUUGGACGCGAUGAUGUUGAGAAAGCGAGAAGUUAUGGAAUAUCAUCUUUUGGCAAAGACAUGCUGGAGGUUGUGGAUACUCUUGAAAAAGGUCUUGAGGCUAUGUCAAAGGUUUCUGCUGAGGAAAUUGAAAGUAAUAAAAAUUUGAGUUCUAUUCACACGGGUGUCAAACUUUCUCUCAAGUUGCUGCUGAACAAUUUAGCAAAACAUGGGAUUGAGAAGCUGGAUGUCAAGGUGGGUUCUAAGUUUGAUCCUAACAUUCAUGAGGCCCUUAUCAAAACGCCUGCAAGCUCCGAAUUUCCAAGCGGCCACAUUUCUAUUGUUCUAAAAGUUGGAUACAAGAUUAAGGAACGUAUACUGCGAGCACCCCAAGUUGGUGUCGCCGGCGAAGGCGAAUGA